AUGAUGGUGGACAUUGAUGAGUUCCGGGAGCAGGCAAGAAAAGCUAAGGAGACUGGCGAUUAUUCUUUUGUUAAGUCUGCACCAUAUGACCCCAGAUUUCCUAAUAUUAAUCAGACCAGUUUACUGGCCAGGAACUGUCUUCAGAAUUAUAUAGAUUUCCACAGGUGCACUAGAAUUUACGGAGACAGUUACAAGCCUUGCAACUACUUCAAAUUUGUUUAUAAAGAUUUGUGCCCUGCCUUUAUGAUUGAAGCGUGGGAUGAACAGGUAGAAGCCGGAACUUUUCCUUACAAGAUGGAAUAG